AGUGUUGUCAUUUCCGUAGUCAUGGCACUCUUCGCUCUUUACCGUAAGGCAGGCUCUCUCACUUUCCAGACCGCAUUCAGUUGUGGAUCCACGUUAAGUGCACAGUCGAGUGUUUCUCUGAUCCGUCAAUUCUCCAAAAAUAUGGGUUUGCCAAAGGUGUUUUUCGAUAUGACCGCCGAUAAUCAGUCGGUGGGCAGGAUCGUCAUCGAGCUGAGGUCCGACGUCGUCCCAAAGACUGCCGAGAACUUCCGCGCCUUGUGCACCGGCGAGAAGGGCUACGGCUACAAGGGAUCCACCUUCCACCGUGUCAUCCCCAACUUCAUGUGCCAAGGAGGAGACUUCACCAACCACAACGGCACCGGCGGAAAGUCCAUCUACGGCAACAAAUUCGAGGAUGAGAACUUCACGCUGAAGCACACCGGUCCCGGUGUCAUGUCCAUGGCCAACGCUGGCCCAGACACCAACGGCUCCCAGUUCUUCAUCACUACUGUCAAGACUACCUGGUUGGACAACAAGCACGUCGUCUUCGGUGCCGUCGUUGAGGGCAUGGACGUCGUCAAGAAGAUCGAGGGCUGGGGCACGCAGUCCGGCAAGACCUCCAAAAAGAUCGUCGUCUCCAACUGUGGACAACUUUAAGCAACAAACUACAAUUCUUUCGUACAUCUUUCUUUAAACAAAAACAACAAAAGAAAAAAAACUUCUUGUUUUUUUAAUUUACCUACAUACUUAUAAAACAACAACAAACAAAAAAACGCCGGUACACCCACACUAAUUACAUCCCAAAAAAUGCUACAAUUUAAAACAAAAAUAAUAUGUAAGAAAUGCAAUCAAUCAUUCCUCUGUAACUACUUCGGUGUAUCGUUUUUUUCCAGUAGAAAUGUGAUUACGUUAAGUAAAAAAGAAAAAUUACAAAAAUGAACAAAAAAAAAUAUUUGGCGCUAUUUUAUUUAGUUUGUAGCCUAAGAUCUGCAUUUAUAAUGUUUCUAUUCUCAUGUGGUAUUUCAAAUAAACCAUAUGAUACUACA